GUCACAGAGGGAUUUUGGCCGGUCUAGCUUAUUCCAUGUCUUCACAAAGGAGGUGUGCUAAACACUGGACGGCAGCACUAUCCCUCAUUUCCCUGAUACUACAGGAGAGGCUGGAAGAACGAAAUAAGUCCAUGUAUUGUGGUCUGGUAAUCUCCUCCCUUGAUUUCAUUUAUUAACCUGGACGUCUCCUUGAGAACAUAUUCUGUUCUGCUCAUAGAUUAAUUGCAUUUACGGAGGAUCUUGUCUCUUGUACCUCUAUACCCGCGGCUAGAUGGGACCCGGAUUGUUUUGGACCUUCCCUCCCAAGGCCGGCUGUAAGGUUCCCCAGAGCCUCCUGCAGUCCAUGUUGCUGUCUAGGAUGGCGGGUAUGAAGGAGCAGCUGUUCACCGAGGAGAAACCCCUGCUUCCUGAACAAAGAGGAGUGGACUCAGAUGUGACGCAGCCCGAUGGAGGAGAGGAGGGGUCCGGGGUUGCGAGCACGAACAUCAGUGCUGACCCCGUGCCACAAACCCACUCCCCCUCUCCCCACAGUCGGCCCGCUCAGCGCUGGCAUGUCAUCGCGCGGCACUGGCUCCGCCAGACCCGCUGUCGGACCGGCGAGGUCAACCGGGAGACCUGUGAUCAGAUGAUCCCUACCGGAGACUGGAAGGAACACGAUGUUGAGACCCCCUAUGGGAUGCUGCAUGUGGUGAUCCACGGGGCACCCAAAGGAAACAAGCCAGCCAUCCUCACCUACCAUGAUGUGGGCCUCAACCACAAGCUGUGCUUCAACAGCUUCUUCAACAGCGAGGACAUGUUGGAGAUCACCAAGCACUUUGUGGUCUGCCACGUGGACGCUCCUGGCCAGCAGAUAGGGGCGUCUCCCCUGCCACAGGGGUACCUGUACCCCACUAUGGACCAGCUGGCAGGGAUGCUGCCCAGUGUGGUGCAGCACUUUGGCUUCAAGAGCAUCGUUGGGGUUGGGGUUGGAGCUGGAGCCUACAUCCUGGCCAAGUUUGCAUUGAUCUUCCCUGAUCUGGUGGAAGGCUUGGUGCUGCUCAACAUUGAUCCCAACGGGAAGGGCUGGAUCGACUGGGCUGCCGGAAAGAUCACUGGCCUGACCAGCAACCUGCCUGACACUGUUCUGCCUCACCUCUUCAGCCAGGAAGAGCUGAUGAGCAACACAGAGCUGGUGCAGAGCUACAGGCAACAAAUCGGCAACACCAUCAACCAGGUCAACCUGCAGCUUUUCUGGAACAUGUACAAUAGCCGGAGGGACUUGGAGAUGAACCGUAGCGGGACUGUCCUCAACUCCAAGACUCUGAAGUGCUCUGCCAUGUUGGUGGUGGGGGACAACGCACCUGCAGAGGAGGGAGUGGUUGAGUGCAACUCAAAACUGGAUCCAACCAACACAACCUUCCUAAAGAUGGCAGACUCCGGCGGACUGCCCCAGCUCACACAGCCUGCCAAACUGGCCGAAGCCUUCAAGUACUUCCUCCAAGGCAUGGGCUACAUCGCGUAUGUGAAGGAUCGAAGGUUGAGUGGAGGGCCAGUGCCGUCUGCCAGCAUGACCCGCCUGGCCCGCUCCCGGACCGCCUCUCUGACCAGCGGCAGCUCCAUAGAGGCGGCCCGCUCCCGGACCUGCACCCACUCAGACAGCACCGAGGGGGUGGCCCCGGUCACCCAGACCAUGGAGGUGUCCUGCUGAGGACGCCCAGCUGAGAGGGAGGGAGAGAGAGAGAGAGAGAGAGAGAGAGAGAGAGAGAGAGAGAGAGAGAGAGAGAGAGACAGAGAGAGAGAGAGAGAGAGAGAGAGAGAGAGAGAGAGAGAGAGAGAGAGAGAGAGAGAGAGAGAGAGAGAGAGAGAGGGGGGAAGGACGUAGACGACGGACUGAGAGAAAGACUCUCUGUAUCGGGUGAUACAGAGAGUGAGCAGAUGAGAAGCGGGUGGAAGGUUGUGCAAGAUCAGUAAAAGGUGUAUAGUGGAGUUUUGGGGAACCGUAAGAGAGCCCCCAAAGGGAGGGUCCCGGAGGGGAGUGAGAUGCAUCGAUCAGCGGGCACACAGAGCACUCCUGAAACAAGGUGUAGAUAAUGCUUUAUCCGUCUCCCGUCUUACGUGUGUUUCCGCCACCUCUAAAUAUGCAACCUUGACCCAGUAAUUGUCCCCCUAUCGUUAAAAAAACAGGAGUUAUCCAACAUCCGUUUUGUAAUUGUUACAUAUGAAACAGGUAUUUCCAUUUGUGUUGGCUCAGUGUAUCCGCAAGACUUCUCUUUCCCCCUCCUACCGCUUUUUUUUCUUCUUCUUUCUCAAAAUAAAGACUUCUGCCAUCAAACCACUUCAACCUGCCAGUAUAUGAUCCAUGAGGCAAUAUGGGAAAUCCCAUGACAAUAUUAUUAACAAUGUAUAAUCUAAAAUAUCUGAGGAUUUAUUUAGAAAUGAGUACAUGGGGCAUGCAUCUCAGUGCUGAAUCUCUCUCCAGGUGCCCACCCACAAACCUACCUUCUAUAAUACACUUCUCCCCCUCCCCAACAAGAUGCUCCGAACCUCCCAGGCGUCCCAGUCACACCCUAACGGGCAAUCAGCUAAAGUCACACUUUUCUGAUGUAACGCUCACUUCAAUGGAUCAAUGAUAAUGGAUUCAUGUUGUUCUACAAUGCAUUGGGGGCCCGAGUGCAACAAUGGAUUAUAGAGAGAGAAUAACUUACGAUCUGAGAAUGUAAAGGAUGCAAAGGGUGUGCCGUGGAGAGGUUCAGUACGAUAGGAACAAAGAGGGGAAAGUAUUUUGUUUCCUUGAAUAAAUAUUGCUGUACAAUGUUGGGGGGGGUCCCUCGAUAGGUGAAAUGAGAGGUCGCGGAUGUCAUUUCCUUUAUCCUAACAGCUGGUGUCCCAACCCUGCACUUGAGGUAGGAUAGAUGCUGGUCCUUCUCUUUUUUUGUUGCACUUUUACUUCCUUUGUACGUUUUGGGCAUGUUAGCCUCCACAGGUAAAUAUUGUAUUGUAACAUACGCGCACACACACACACACACACACACACACACACACACACACACACACACACACACACACACACACACACACACACACACACACACACACACACACACACACAGCCACUGACAACUUUCUGUUCCUAAUCCCUUCGAGUCAUGUCUGUUGGUUUUUUAACAGUGACAGUAGGUUUUAAUCUGAUAUUUGUUACUAUGAAUCUUCUUCUUACUGCCAUUACGAUGAAUCUGUGUUGAGCAAUAAGACGUUCUCCUAUAUUUGUUCUUGCUCAGACCAUUUGUUAUUGCCGGUGGCUUACAUUUAAAGGUUGUUUCAAAGGCAAAAUAUGUACUUUAUUAAUAUCCGGUCUCGGAUUAAUGAAAUAAAUCUUUUGUCUUACUUUUUGAGUUACUCUAACCUGCUUUGUUUUCAUUCUGGUAUGUAUUGUAAGGUACAAUUCUAAUAUAUAUCUAUGAAUAUAUGUAAACAAACAUAGAUACACAUACCAAGUGAGCUGUCUCUGCCCAUGUAAUGAUCAUGUAAUGAAUAGAAAAUAAAGAUAAUAUCUCAUUGAA